CAUGUACUUCACAACUCUCCUGCCUAGAUACCACUACGACGGCCCACCGCGAUAUGGCUGGCAUCGACACCUCCAUUUCAACAUUUAUCUCCCAAUUACCCAAAGUUGAGCUACAUGUCCAUAUCGAGGGCACGCUGUCGCCGUCUCUGCGAUGGCGCCUCGCGCAGAAGAACCAAAUCCCUCUGCCGUAUCCAACGUACGAGUCUCUUGUCGCAUCGUACGCAACAAUGUACAACCACAGAAGAGAAUUGCAAGGCGAUAACAGCCUCCCGACCUUUCUCGAAGCCUACUAUGGCGGGAUGGAGGUACUGCGAACCGAAGAAGACUUCUACGACCUCGCGAUGGAGUAUUUUGCCAAGGCAGCGGAGAUGAAAGUACGAUACGCAGAUCCAUUCUUCGACCCUCAGGCGCAUACUCGACGGGGUGUCGCCCUCGCGACUGUGAUGAAUGGACUUGAACGAGCAAAGGGGGAUGCAAAGAAGAUAUAUGGCGUAGAGGCGGACUGGACAAUGUGUUUUCUACGGGACGUAGACCCAUCAUCUGCGAUGGAGACAUAUAAGGAGGCGCUCGAGGGAGGAUUUAAGCAUGUCUUUCAUGCUGUAGGUCUGGAUAGUAAUGAGUAUGACCGACCGCCAAGUCUUUUCCAAGACGUUUUCGCCCAAGCCCGGAAGGACGGGUAUUGGAUCACGGUGCAUUGCGAUGUUGGGCAGAAGGACACGCACGAACACAUUCGCGAGGUCGCUACCAACUGUGUUGGCGGCCUUGAAGGCGCCGAUCGCAUAGACCAUGGCUUGAACGCCAUCGAACGACCAGAGCUGAUCCAGAUAAUCAAGCAGCGCGGUCUAGGACUCACACUAUGCCCCCACGCCUACCAUCGGCGGCUCUCAACAGAGUAUGUAUUUGGGAAUAUCAAACGACUCUGGGACGAGGGCGUUAGGAUUACGAUUGCGAGCGAUGAUCCAACAUACAUGCAUCAGCGGUGGGUGCAGGAAAACUUGGAGCUUGUGAUGCACCAUUGGACGUCUUCCCUCCAAUGAAGCCUUUCAUCGAUCUGGCGGUGCAAAAGGGUGUCAAGCGUUUUGUCCUCCUCAGUGCAUCUACAUUGGAGCCCGGAUACCCAGCGAUGGGGAAAGUGCACGAGUAUCUGCUAUCACUCAAAGUCAAUUACGCGGUCAUUCGUCCUUCGUGGUUCUUUGAAUUUCUUGACACUGCAUCUUCAAAGCAUCAAGGAACAAAACACAAUUGUGAGCGCGUCGGCAGAUGGGAAGAUUGGGUUCAUAUCUGCAGAUGAUAUUGCGGAUUUGGCUGUUAGUACAUUGACGGAUGAGAAGAGCCAUAA